AUGGAAACAAGUCGAAGAGCGGUGGAAUCGUACUGGAGAUCGCGGUUAAUUGAUUCAGCUACAUCGGAUGAAGAUAAAGUUGCGCCGGUUUACAAAUUGGAGGAAAUCUGCGACCUUUUGCGCUCUUCGCAUGUUAGUAUUGUCAAGGAGCUUUCAGAUUUUGUUUUGAAACGUUUGGAACAUAAGAGUCCCAUUGUAAAACAAAAGGCAUUAAGGUUGAUAAAAUAUGCGGUUGGAAAGUCUGGUGCUGAGUUCAGAAGGGAAAUGCAGAGACAUUCAGUGGCAAUUCGUCAAUUAUUGCACUACAAGGGACAGCCGGAUCCUUUGAAAGGUGAUGCACUAAAUAAAGCUGUGCGGGACACUGCAAAUGAGGCUGUGUCUGCUAUGUUUUCAGAAGAUAAUAAUAAUAAUAAUAGUAACAAUAGUAAUCAUCAGCAUAAGGCUGCCACACCUUCUCAUGAUCUUAACCGGCGGAUACAAGGGUUUGGGAAUACAAACUAUGAAGUGCCAUCUGAAGAUAAGAAGUCUUUUAUUAGUGAGGUAGUUGGUAUUGGAAGUGCAUCAAUUAAGCAAGGGCUUCAUAGCUUAACACAGGGACAUUCACUAAUGAAGAAUGAAACUGGAAGUGGAAGCUACAAGAGUCCAAAUCUUCAAAGGUCGUUAACCUUCGAAUCAGAACAUGGUGACAGAUAUGAACCAGUUGCGUAUCGUAGUGAAAAUCAGAGUAGUUUUGGAAUUCCAAAGAAUCAAUCUAGUGGUUCUUGGAAUCAGGAUUCAAGAGUAACUAAGAUGGAAAUUUCAAAUAGUGAAUCCAGUGGAAAUUCUUCAGAGAUUAAGACUAGAGAGGAUAGGUUGGUGGAAACAAUUGUAACUUUGGGAGGUGUUCGCCUACAACCCUCUCGAGAUGCCAUUCAAGCUUUUCUAACAGAGGCUGCAAAGUUGGAUGCCCUGGCUUUAGGUCAUGCCCUUGAACUAAAGCUCCAAUCUCCUAUUUGGCAGGUGCGCAUGAAAGCUGUUUGUGUUCUUGAGUCCAUCGUCAGAAAGAAGGAUGAUGAACAUUUUUUAUAUGUGGCAUCUUACUUUGCUGAAAAUAAUGAUGUCGUGCUGAAAUGUUCCGAAUCUCCCCAAGCCUCUUUGAGGGAAAAGGCUACAAAGGUUCUUGGUCUUCUAGGUGGGGGGCAGCCAAACAGUUCUGCUAUUAAUUCAGAGAAAGUUGUGAAGACAGAGCGUGCCGAAUUGCCUGACUUGAUAGACACGGGUUAUUCAAAUGACAACACAACCAAUACUACAGGUGAACAAAGUAUAGGGAAUUUGACAUCAUCUGCACCUCUGGUAGAUGAUUUAUUUGGAGAUAUAAGCGACUCUAUUGGAGCUAGUCAUGAACUGAAAAAUGAUGACGACCCAUUUGCGGAUGUAUCAUUUCACACAGGUGAGCGAAAAGAACAGGCAGAUGAUUUAUUUUCAGGGAUGACAGUUGGUGAAGAUAAACAGGGUGAUCAUGAGAGUCACAAGCAGGGAAUUCAAAGUGAUCCUCAACUUUUUGACAUUUUUGGUUCCAGUUCCAAGCAAGGAAAUCAUAACGGGUCUGUUAGUGAUUUAAUAGGUGGUUUGUCAAUAGAUGAAAAUACCUCAACUAUGAAGCACAAGGGAACUUCUUCUGCAGUGCAAUCUGAAUCUUUAUUUUCAGGUUUAAACAACCAUACCCCUGACAAUACUCUAGGUGGUAUGUUGGGCUCUCAACCAGUUGGAUUCAAUGUAAACCCGAUGUUUCCCACUGGGCAUCUGCCUUAUAAUAUGCAGCCUGGAGUUAUGCUGAACCAACAAUAUCCUUCUCAGCCUCUUAAUUAUGGUGCCAUGGGGACUCUCUUAGCUCAGCAGCAAUUACUGGCAACAAUGGCGAAUUUCCAACACCUUAAUAAUGUCAAUAUGCGAGAUGAUGGCAUUGCCCAAAUGGUUGGACCUAAUGGAAAUACCCCUUUGCCAGACAUAUUUCAACCAAAUUUUGCAUCUCAAACUCCCAGCUCAAUGAUCAAUAAUUCAAAGAAAGAAGAUAAUACUAAAGCAUUUGAUUUUAUCUCGGACCAUCUUGCCUCUGCUCGAGAUUCAAGAAGAGUGAUUUGA